CACGCUGUUUUCCACCUAUAAUACGCUGAAAAGUUCUGUGAAGAGCAGUAAGGGAAUAGUUCUGCCUGUAAGAUGAAUAUCAAGAGAAGGAAUCCAGCCUGUUGUCUCUGGCCUAUCUGGCUGCUGCUGUUGCUCGCUCGCACAUCAUUGCAGGAAGCCGUGUACUUUGUGACGCAGCCAGAGCCUUACUACUACAGCCAUGAAGGCCGACUCACCGAAAUACCCUGCGAGGCUGUACGUGUCACCGAGACCGGGGACGUCAUUCCAAUUGAUGCCACCCCGAUACGUGACGGGGAGCCGCUGAUUACGGGGAGUUUACCGGCGAGACACCAGGUGCGGCGGAGGACCGGGGUGGUGGAUGGAGUGGUGGUGCAGAGGACGCAGGCGGACGACGAGGGAGUGAGGUACUGGUGUCGUGUCGAGAUAGAGGACCACCCGGCGGUUGUCACCAGACAGACUCAUAUCCUUGUGGGAGAUGGUCGUCCGCUGGCAGUGAGUGGGGUGGACCUGACGGACCAGUUCCUGUACUCCGUGGCUCUAGAGUGGGACGAACCCCCUGUCCCCUCCGACUCUCCCAUAACUGGCUACAACAUCUCGGUUCUCCCUGUGGACUCUGGCAGUGGUGAGUUAGAAGUGAAUGUGGACCAGAACCGCACCUGGGUCCAGCUGUCUCCCCUCGACCCAGGCUCCGCCUACCUCGUUGCCGUGGCCGGGGUAAACUCCAACGGAGCGGGGAAAUUUUCAGAGUACCAAACGGUCAUGACCCUCUCCCCCGAAGUUCCGAGACCGCCCACGGAUGUGACGGUGGAAGCAGUCAUUGGGUCCACCAGUACCAGUCUCAUCAUCUCCUGGACUCCAUCACCAAUCGACCCCGAGGUAAUGACUCCACUAAUGAGCUACAUCAUCUACUAUGGGCCACCGGGGACCUCGUCAGGAGGGGAGGAGCGAGCUCUGUCGGAGGUGGUGCCCGUGGCCGAGGGGGGUGUGGUCUCGGGGUACACGGUGACGGGUGUGACGGUGGGAGGGGAGGUGAAGGUGGGCGUGGCAGCAGUCAACAGUGCCGGGGCCAGUCAGGUCGCCUACUACCAGCAUACUGUUGGUGUUGGCUGCAGUGCACUGAGUCCCCCCGAUAACGGCAUGGUGUCCAAGACCGGAUUAGCCACCGACUCUGAGGUUAAUUAUUCGUGUCGGCAGGGGUUUACCCUCACUGGGAACAAAACGAGGCUGUGUUCAGAUCUGGGACUCUGGACGGGAAGUCAACCUCUCUGCACUGAGGACUCUGACGAUGGUAGGACCUUCCUCUUCAUCGUAAUCGUGUCGUUGGGCGUGGCUGUGGGACUGACGGUGGUUAUUAUAGCGGCCUGCAUCCUCAUCGUCGUCUUCUGGAGGAAGCGUGUCCGAAUGGGCAAGGAAGGGCACGCCAAAGCGACAUUUGAGAAUGCCUCACCUCCACUGAAACGAUACGGGAAACCUCAGAGCACGAGUUCGGGUGGCUCAAACGAUGCCUUUGGGGAACCUGAGAUAGUGUUGGCGGUACUCAGAUACACCGAGGAGCCUCGUGCAGUGGGCACCCCUCCUCCGCCCGACCCCACGACCUUUCAGCAGCCGUCUCCGCCCUCUUCCGUCCUACCCCCCCUCGUACUCUGACCUGGAGCAGACUCUCUCGCCCAACGAUGAGAGACACACAAACUCUACCCGAGCACAGUUAUCUAGUAGCUCUAAUUGUAGCCCGCCCACAGGUGCCGGGGCUAGUGGUGUGGGUUCCAGAGGUGACGAGACAGCGUCUAAUAAGAUCCCGUUGAGUGUGAGCUACUCUAACGAGCCAAGAACUGCAGGGUCUACCCCUUCCCCACAUCCACCAAAUGACUCACGUCAAGACAGUUUAGAAGAAUCUUGCAGGAGCGAGACAUACAGCACCACCAGAAUCUUAGAUUAGCUUUUCUCUCACAUUGUUACACUGGUUCAGGUAGAUUUAUCAUCAAACCCUUGCAGAAUAAUAAUUAUUAUUCUGGUGUUUUGUGUCCUUUGUGCACUGUAAUUUGUCAUUAAUGGCUCACUCUUGUAUAAUUAUAAGAACAACAGGUAUGUAUCAUAAUUAUCACAUCGCAACUCUGUAACAAUGGCAAUUGGUUUAAUGACAUUGUCGCACACUCACCGACUUGGGGAAGGAACAUUAUAUUA